UACCCAAACAAGUCUAUCUGACUGAAAUGGAGAAAAUGGUUGUUGCUGCUGAUGAGAAGGAAAAGGAGGUUAAAUUCGAGAAGGGGAAACGAGAUGUAGUUCUCGCUGCUAUGCUGCUUAUGUUAGGAACAGAGCACGUCCUUAUGCAGGCUCUGUUUCCCCCAGGCGGGAACUGCUAAAUCCAAAGUUCAAUGUCUUUUAUUCGGCUGCUUCCUACUUUCACUUUAAUUUAUUAUGCUGCUUUUGGUGUGCCCUUUUCCCCCCUUUUUCCUUUUAGCUAUAUGUUAUAAGUUGCAAGGCUUUGUCUUCGUGUCAGUGUUCAAGUAUAUAUUUAGAAUAAUUUUUUCCUGAAUAAUCUUAUUUGCUUCUU